UCUACCACUUAUAGAGUUCACUUAUAACAACAGUUUCCACUCAAGCAUAGGAAUGGCUCCAUAUGAGGCUCUAUAUGGGAGAAGGUGUAGAACCCCGUUGUGUUGGUAUGAGAAUGGAAAUUCCUUAGUUUUGGGUCCAGAGGUAAUUCAACAAGCAACUGAGAAGAUUAAAAUGAUCAGGGAAAAGAUGAAAACUUCUCAAGAUAGGCAGAAAAGUUACUAUGAUAAACGAAGGAAACCCCUUGAGUUUGAAGAAGGAGAUCAUGUUUUCUUGAAAGUUACACCUGUAACUGGGGUUGGUAGAGCUAUCAAAUCUAGGAAACUUACACCCAAAUUCAUAGGUCCUUAUCAAAUCCUUAAAAGAAUUGGUUCUGUCGCAUACCAAAUUGCUUUACCUCCAAACCUUUCAAAACUUCAUAAUGUUUUUCAUGUGUCUCAACUUCGUAAAUAUAUUCAUGACCCUUUUCAUGUGAUAGAACCUGAUAUAGUACAAAUACGAGAAAACCUUACUUAUGAUGUGCUUCCUGUAAGGAUUGGAGAUCGAAGGAUUAAACAACUUCGAGGAAAGGACAUACCUUUGGUAAAGGUAUUGUGGAAUCAACAAGAUGAAGGUGAUGCAACUUGGAAAUUAGAAAGUAAUAUGAGAGAGAUGUAUCCCCAUCUUUUUACAACAACGUGA